CGCGUUUCGCUGUUCUACACAUUCCUAGCGGAGCGGUGUGUGCUUCAGCGUCACAGUUAAUGUUAAUUAUUAUUUUAUAUCAGGAACAUCAAUCCCGCUAUGAUAGUCUCAUGCAUAUGUCGACUUCUUCCGUUGACAGUGUGCGGUUUCUCUGUGUUCCGGCCAGUACUUCGCUAGCGAAAAAUUAAAUCAUGGGUCAGGUUUGUGUGUGUGUGAAACUGCCAUGGGAUCGUGGCUGAAUUUUUUAAAUACUUUUAAUUUCCUACUCUUGUUUUGUUGGAAGCUUGGUUUUUGUGUCGUGUGACUUCCUGUGGUGCGAAUGUAGCUGUGUUUAAUUGAUACUGCCUAAAUAUUUGUGGCUUGUUUGUCGGUAUCUCACUACUGAUUGUGCCCAUUCCGAUAAUAGAAUUCAUAGUAACUGAGAUAGAUGUUAAUUAAUUUGCAAUGAUGAACCUUGUGAUAAUGAAUGGCCUAUGCAUGGGAGAGCGUGUAUUUUGUGGGAGGUUUUGAUCAAAUCUACAGACAUUUUCCAUUUACAAUAUUGUAAAUAGUUUACCUAAGCGGCGUUUAUUGCGUGUUUACAGGUUUUUGCAAUAAUUAAACGCGGUUCUUUAAAAAAUAGUUGUGUAUCACAUGGUGUGAACAUUGAAUAUUUUACUUUAUUAUUACACACUUUGAAAAUUUCAAGCUAGAUUUUAUGCUAUAAACAUAUUUUAUGAAUCCUUUUUUAUUAAGUCGUUAUUUUUCUACGUAAUAAAAUAUAGCUCGUAUUUUAGUGGCCUUGGAUUUCUUAUAUGGUGAACGUGCGUGUAAAAAGCGUUCAAGUACUGCGCCUUGAUAAGUGGUGCCUGGAUACGAACUGUUUGAAGGUGAUUGUUGUUGUGAGACAUUGUUAGCGGAGCCUGUUAAAUGGGAGCGCUGUGCUUGCUCUGCAAGAUAACUGUUACAGUUGAACGGCACAGAAUUGUUUGCUUUUUACGAGCCCAGUUUCUUUAUCACAUAUCCGUAGUAAGGGAGCAGGAGUGUUGCCAGCGCUGGGAACAGUCCUACAUUGCAGCAGUGUGACUCAGUUUCGCGUGUUCUCUAAGCGGCAACCUCUGUAGUAAUAGAUGGAAAAAACAAAAGAAGGCCGCAACAAGAAUGGCAGCCAUGACAGCCUUACGAAGGAAGAGGAAGCGGAAAAAGAACUCGAGGAGCAGUCACUCGAAGAUGAGGACGAUGUGUCCCCUACAGCCACAAAUUACAACACCAUCAGCUCGCUGGCGGCCCUCAAAGAGUUGCUGCAUGGGAACAACAACGCCGAUGACUCAGACGAAGACAUGGCCUGGUUCCAACACUACUUUUUACAUCACGUGAACCGCUUACCCAAGCAAGAGUUGAGGUCGCCCUACCUGAGGCCAAUCCUGGAGGGACGACGGCUUUCGGAGUGUAGGGAGGUCGAGGAGGAAGAAGAAGAGGAAGCUCAGCAAGGGGAAGAGGACGAGGAAGACGAGGAGGAGGACGAAGAUGACGAUGAUGAUGAUGACAAGAGUGAUGACGGAAAUGACCAGGGCACGAGCACAACUUCCGGUCCAGAAGAUACAACGUCAACAUCGUCGUCGUCAUCGCUUGAGACCUCUAAUAACACCAGUAAUAACAGUAGUGCCGGCAGCCGCAAGGAUCCCACGGUUCAGCAACAACAUUCGUCACCCGCGGCGUCACUGACGAGACGCCACACGGUAUCAUCGCCCUCCGUGGACACGGGAGGGGCGUUCCCUCCGCUGUCGCCCAUGCUCUAUAACCACCGGGUAUCGCCCCUGCAGUCCCCGCACUUCGACAAGCGUUUCUUCGAUAGCUCCCUCAUAGAGAUGAAGUCUCAGGCGUCCUCCAGCUCCACAAUCGACUAUGACUCCACGGAGGAGGUGUGGGUCAAGAGGAAUGACGUCGUGGCUGAGACCGCCCGGAGACGCAAGGAGCUGGGAUCACAGCCAUUGCCGGUCAUCAGCGUCACCGAGGACGUGGACGGCAACAUGGCGUCUGGGCACGAGGGUGGCCGACCGCGUGCAGGAACUUGGAGUAUUUCACAUACUCGACAUUUGAAUGUCGGACACGGUUCAUCGAGCCCCUCACCAUCCAGUGCUGCCAAUGCAUCAUCCACAACGACAGGAUCAAGUUCCAGGCAGCGACGCAAGUCUGGAGAUGAUAUACUGCAUCAGCAGCAGGCCUCUUCCCCUUCCCGAAAACCAGCAACAAUUUUAGAUGCCUUCAGGCCGCGCUCAAAGUCAGAUGCAUCUCGUGCCAAGAAGCCUGGUAGUGCGGGCAGCACCAUCAUCUCACAGAUGAAAAGUGCCAUGCAGCAUUCCCUUAAUAUGUCAUCAUCUCCAUCCAACAAAUCGUCUUCUGAUUCCUCGUCUCACCACAACCAUGUUGAAUCUUCAAGUUGCCAUACACAGGGACGACCCCGUGCAGGCUCUGAGAGUAGCAGUGGCAGGGGCGCAGUGUCUAAGGUGAUGGAUAUGUUUCGGCAUCGGUCCCACAGUGCUGUGUCUGCUGACGACAAGAGGAAAGCAAGGACGGCAGCGCAUCAGCAGCAGAUAGCAGCGCAAAGUGCCCUGCUCAGGCGUAGCUCGCUAGACCCCGACAGACGGCGCCUGUCCUUAGGAACGACAACGACGCAUCACCGCGCGUCCGACGUCAGUUUGGACCCACAUCAUGCCGCCAUCUUGUUCAGGGAUUCUCGAGGGCUUCCAGUGGCGGACCCUUUCUUGGAGAAGGUCAGCAUUUCCGACCUUGAGGAGGAUGAGAGCCAGAUCUUUGUCAAGUUCUUCAAGUUUCACAAGUGCUAUGACCUGAUUCCCACCAGUGCCAAGCUUGUUGUGUUUGAUACGCAGCUACUUGUUAAGAAGGCUUUUUUUGCUCUUGUCUACAAUGGUGUGAGGGCAGCACCUCUGUGGGACUCGAAGAGACAACAGUUUGUUGGGAUGCUGACAAUAACAGACUUCAUAAAGAUCCUGCAGAUGUACUACACAUCACCCUCUGUCACAAUGGAGGAGCUGGAGGAACACAAGUUAGACACUUGGCGCAAUGUUCUGAAGAAUCAAGUGAUGCCUCUAGUCAGCAUCUCGCCUGAUGCAUCAUUGUUUGAUGCAAUCCGGACGCUGAUACACAACCGCAUUCAUCGGCUGCCUGUCAUCGACCCUGAUACGGGGAAUGUGUUGUACAUACUCACACACAAACGUAUCCUACGGUUUCUCUUCCUAUAUAUCAAUGACCUACCAAAGCCAAGUUAUAUGAACAAGACGUUGAGUGAGUUGAAGAUUGGUACAUAUGAUAACAUAGAAACAGCCAUUGAAGACACAAGCAUCAUACUAGCAUUGAAGAAAUUUGUGGAGAGGCGGGUGUCUGCAUUACCCAUCAUUGAUCCCGAGGGCCGACUUGUUGACAUUUAUGCCAAGUUUGAUGUCAUUAACCUGGCUGCAGAGAAGACAUAUAAUAAUCUAGAUGUGUCCCUCAAGAAGGCCAAUGAGCAUCGCAAUGAAUGGUUUGAGGGUGUGCAUAAGUGCAAAUUGGAAGAGACUUUGCAAACAAUCAUGGAGAGAAUUGUGCGAGCAGAGGUGCACAGGUUGGUGGUUGUGGAUGAAGAGGACAAGGUGAUUGGUAUCAUCUCGUUGUCAGACCUGCUGCUGUAUCUUGUUCUGAGGCCCUGUGGUGAGGACAGUACUGGGGUUGAAGGAAUUGGCAGUUCCUUGCGUCAGCAGGAUGUAAGCCUCCAUCAUCAGGCAUCAUCAGACACAACUGCGACAAUACCUGAGGAGGAUGCGGGCACUCUCAGUGAAGGGGACAGUGCCCCCCCAUCUCCCACAACUGCUACUAUACAGCUUGACAGUGGUGGUCCAGCCUGGCGAGAAGUAACAGUGUCAGGUGGAGAGUGAGUUACUCCUGCAGUUCACUUAAUCACUCCACAAUGGUAUUGCCAGGAGCAGCUGAAGCCCCACCAUAGAUGUUGAGUUCCGUAUCAUAAUCUUCAUCCUAGCUGCCUUUGACACCCACAUGCGGUGAGGAGUUGGUCUCCCAGAAAUGUUGUUUACUAGGUUUUAGUUUCCUGUGUACAAAGGAGAACGUACGUGCAGGAACUGACAUGUCAUUGCUGCUGACCAGAACUAACUUUGGAAUGGAGAAUUAUGGGCAAUAGAACUGUUCAUAUAAUUCUGAUGAGACAGUUGACUGCAGGAAUAUCUUCCACGUUAUGAAGGUUAAGUGACUGGGGACCAGAUUGAAGCAGAGUAUAUUGAUUGAUCAGUGUCUGCAUGCCAUCUGGGUCCGCUCAAUUCUGACUGAAGUGAAUAAAGUAAUAUUGUGUAAUGUCUUAACUGCUACAGCAAAAGGUCUAAACUCAUGUUUUAUAUCAUAGAUAGAACAUUUAUCAAGAGGGAGGGGCGUGCAGAUGUAAUAAUUUUAAUGAAAGCUUGCAUGUUUUAUUUUAUCUUAAAUAUUGCAGGUUUCUUACUGAAAUAGCAAUAGAGCUGGUGACACCUAUUUUUAGCUUUUGUACUACGACUUGGGCAAUGCAGUUGCCAUUUUUAAUCUCCAUUUGUUUCUAUAAAAACAUAUUGUUGGCAAGGGCAGAGAAAAUAAAGGCACCCCCCUCCCUGAUUUUUUAAUUUCUGCAGGUGGAACGUUGAGUUCAGACCAGUGCAGGCUUCAGAAAUAUAUAAAUAAACACACAGAGAAGUAUGAAAAGUUUAAUUGUGGAAGUAAACCCUUCUUAAGUCUCCUUCCUGAAGCAUCUCACAUUUUUCCUCAGUGGAACACAAACACAGCGAAGUCUCCUCAUUAUUAACUUAACAGUCUGACAUUUUUCACUUUCUUUGAGUUCUUUGCACAAAAUACAUACUUGAGUUCAUACGUGUCUCUGCAUUUUUCUUCAAAAUUGUGUGACUAAGUCAGAUGAAAUUGAUUAUUGGGGAGGUAAAUGUUAAAUUUGUGAGGUAAAUUUAAUUUUGGUGCAUACCAGUCAGUCAUAACCACUGCUCUACAUACAGCCCAAAUUGAACUCUGUAUAUCAGAUUUCUCAGAAGUAGCGUGUUGUUCAUAUAUUUAAUAUGUCAUUAAGCACUAUGGCAUAUUUUAAUCAUUUCUUGGUAUGGUGAAUAUGAAACAGAACAAGAGAAAAUAAAAUUUCUGAUCCUGUGCA